CUCUCUCAGUGAGGCGGUCUCUCCCACUUCGUCUACCAGACUAGAGGCUCUCCAGCUUGGGCUUUCCUCAGCAAGCAACAUCGGAACCGCCACAGCAGCAGGACCAGGUUGGACUUACCAGCAGAACCGCCUCCAAAGGGAUACUAUGACGCGCCUGGGUUUAUUCUAAGCGGUCUUCCAGCGGGACUUCCCAUCAGCAGUCUGUUUGAGUCCUCAUGGUGAGCCGAAUGAGCGCACAGUGGAGCGGCCCGGCGUCCUGCGCGCGCCCGGCAAGGGUGGCGCAUAAGCGGCUUGACGCAGACGAGCAGCCGCCAGCCAAGCGCGCCCGGAGGUUGAGCACAGAGACGGGGGACUCUCAAGGGGGGCUCCUCGGCUCUUCCCCGGGGUGCCCGGCCAGCCCAACUGCUACAAGCAUCACCGUCCCGGGGUGGACCCAGCGGGGUCCCUCCAGGAUUGGCCCCUUCCUGCUGGUGCCGGCGGCCGAGCGGGAAGGCGUGCACUGCGGCGCGGUCAACACCGACACCGGCGACGAGCUCCUGUGCAAGGUCUUCAGCAUGGCGGAGUACCAGGACAAGAUGCGAGUCUACGGGGUGCUGCCGCCCCACAGGAACGUGUCGGCCGUCAGGGAGGUGAUCCUGGGCGAGCGCGAGGCCUACGUCUUCCUGGAUAAGGACUUUGGGGACAUGCACACGCUGGUGAAGAGCUGCCGGCGGCUGGACGAGGCGCAGGCCCGCGCGCUCUUCCGCCAGGUGGCGCUGGCCGUGGCCCACUGCCACCAGGCGGGCGUCGUGCUGGGCGACCUCAAACUGCGCAAGUUUGUCUUCGCCGACGAGAAGAGGACUCACGUGAGACUGGAGGGCGUGGAGGCCUGCCGCGUCCUGGAGGAUCCCGAAGACGACUCCAUGUCCGACACCCACGGAUGCCCCGCCUACGUCAGCCCGGAGAUCCUCAACGGCUCGGGGCCAUACUCGGGCAAGAUGUCCGACAUGUGGAGCCUGGGCGUCAUGCUGUACACCAUGCUGGCGGGCCGCUACCCCUUCCACGACCCGGACCCGGCUGCCCUCUUCUCCAAAAUCCGCCGCGGCCAGUGCUGCCUGCCCGAGGGCCUGUCGCCCAAAGCGAGGUGCCUGGUGCAGAGCCUGCUCAGAAAGGAACCCUCGGAAAGACUCGCCGCUGCCGAGCUGCUGGCGCACCCGUGGUUCCGCCGCACCUCGUCGUCCUGCGGCGAGGUGGCGCCGGGCGACAAGGAGGCCAGCUUGGCCGAGCAGACGGUGCCGUCGUUUGACGCGGGGGAGGAAGAUGACCUCCUCUGCUGACGGUCGGACCAAAAACUCCAACAUUUGGCACUUUUUCAAACCCACGGGUGUACUGUUGUCCUCUUUCGUGUACUGUACGUUCUUGUAACUUGAGGGCAUUUUUUUGGUAGUUUCUGGUGCUAAGACAACGAGCCUCACGCUUUGCUAGGCUAACACAUAUGCCAGUUGGAGUCAUCAACGGGACCCAGAAGGGCUUCAGAUGGUCUGACUCAGCUGCUGACUGGCGAGCAGGAAGACAUCGCACAAGCCAGGACCGGAGCUGUGAGACCGACCCAUGCGUCACAACCCAUGACGACUAGCGACAGGAACAUUACGGACUCAACAGUUCUUAUAUUUAGCUUCAAUCCCUGAAAGAACCACUAGCUAGCAGGAGGACAUUCCCGUGUCUGGAGCGAGCUGGUCGAUAGUCUGAUGCGUCACAAUCGAUGACGACUAGCGACAGGAACAUUACGGCCUUUCACGCAGCGGCUCAGAGUUCCUGUCUUGUGUUUCAAAGCUGAAAGGUUGGCGUACCCCGGGGGGUUACAUGAAGGAACCGCUGACUGGCGAGCAGGAGGAUGUCCCCGUGUCCUGAGCGAGGUCCAUAGUCGUGAGAGAAACCGACGUGUCGAUGGAUGACGACUAGCGAGAGGAACAUUAUGGACUCUCAACGGUUCUUAUCUUUAGUUUGGUUCUAAAAUAAAAGAAGCAUCAGGAGCCAAGAGGCAAGCUAACAUCCUUUGAAGAGAAAGCUAAAGCAGCUUUCACGGAGCUAGCAUGGAUGCUGGCGUGGGUUUGCGUCUGGAAAGGGCAUCCGGCGUAACAACAAGUUGGAAAACCCAGUGAUGGAUGCUUAUUCCCGAGGUAAAACGCCAUAAAAACACAAACUACAGCGUAUCGUAGCGAUCUACAUUCAAAUACUACACCCCCUAGUGGCUGGGAGCAGCAUCGGUCAUGAUAUGACGUCAUCUGAUUGGACCUCUUUCACUCGUGCUUUGAUUUAUUUUAGCCUUCAUCUUCCUGCAGACAACGGUACGACCAAGCCAGCAUUUGUACAUUGGUGUUUUUCAUCAUGUGGGAACUGAUCAAUCUUGCAAGAUUCUUUGGUUGCUGCCAUGCCGGGUGCAGAAAAACUGACACGUUGUGAAUGAAGUGUGUGUGUGUGUGUGUGUGUGUGUGUGUGUGUGAGACACAACCUGGCAGCAGCCCACUUCAACCUUGUCAUCCUAUGAGGACGUGUAAAUAUUUGUAUAUUUCAAAUGAAUGUUGAGA